UCAUCUUGCUAACAGAUGCCGGAUGACAGAGAGCCUUGCAGUCCAAAUGUUGUUGUGUUGCCGGUUGAAAGAUCGGAUCCAGGAACACCAGUUGAAGAGAAAAGCCCUUGCUCUCAAGAAUCAAGUCAGGAACUAUCUGAAGAAAGAGCACCAAAUCAAAAUGGAAAGAAAAUAAUCAGUGGGCAGAAAAAGUAUCUUCUUUCAAGUUCAAGAAACUGUGGAACAAGUCUGAAUUUGAGACCUGGACAAACUGUUGCGCCCUUUCUCGUCACAACUUCUAAUGGAGCGAGAUGCAUUGUCGUCAUAAAUGCAGCAACUGAAACAAGUAAUUCAUCCAAGCCCAAAGAAACACCAAAUGGUGACGGGGUUUUUCUUGGAAAUAAGGAUGUAUUUCUUCCACAAAUUACGGAGGAAAAUGGCGACGAUGAUAUCGAAGCAGAUUUUAGCGACGAAAAUGGCGAGAACAUUGUGGGAAGUUCAUCUGAUGAAAUUUACACGAUGGAAGGAAAGAAAGCUGUUUCUACAUCUAACCAAGGAUGUGCUGUCAAGGCUGCACUGGCUGGCAAACAUGGUCUACCCGUUAUCAGGAGGACAAAUACCAUCGAGUAUAGAUAUGUACAAAGUGUUCAUGGGUACCAAAACAGCAGCGAUCAGAACCAUUUUCCCCAGCAAGACAUGACGCCAUCAUCAAAUGCAGAUCAUCACCAAUCUUCAAUUCUUGCACACUCUGCAAUAUCCAACAGCUUCUCGUAUAACGAGAAUGGCAUGUACUCCCAAUCAGCAAGUAUGCCAUCAUACAUAGACGCAGGUAGUCACCACGUAGCAUCUCAGAAUGCAGCAAUAUACCAGACAUACCAAGGCCAGGGUGGACAGCAGCUAACCUCCCCUGGACAGGGAGUAGGGGUCAAUCCUCAGGCAAUUGGUGUUGCCCAACAAGCAUACCUCACACCAGGACAGGCUGCGCACCAGCGGGUACCGAUUUCACAUACGACAAGGGCAUCGCCUGCUACGGUCCAGUGGCUUUUAGAAAACUAUGAAACUGCAGAAGGUGUCAGUCUUCCAAGAAGCACUCUGUACAAUCACUAUUUACGGCACUGCGCAGAAAACAAAAUUGAACCGGUUAAUGCAGCUAGUUUUGGAAAGCUGAUCAGAUCUGUUUUUCUUGGUUUAAAGACAAGAAGACUCGGCACAAGAGGGAACUCAAAAUAUCAUUAUUAUGGUAUACGAGUCAAACCGAACUCUCCGCUUGCAAGACUGACCGAUGACACUCAAGUGGCAAUGCGGCAGCAACCUAAUCCCCAGAAAAGCCGGUUCAAAAUAGCCAGUAGGUACGAUGACGAUCAGAGCUCGGAUGGACAGUCCGGUGUACAAACACCGGGCUCGGAACGUGGUGGUGCGGUAUCACAGCAGAUGCAACAACAUCAGCAAUACCUUGGUGACAUUGCAGCAGGACUUCCUGAACUUCCUGACGUUGAAAUUGAUGAGUCCGCUGGCAGCCCGGAUCUCAAAUACAAACUAGACCACAAUCUAUCUGAUGACGACAUCAGUGAUUUUGCAAUGUUGUAUAGAGAUCAUUGUGAGGCUCUUUUGCAAGUAAUCGUUAGCUUGCAGUUUCCUUUGGUUGAAACAAUAUGGCAGACGUUCUGGAAAAGCCCGGCUGCAGAUGCCAGUAAAGGAGAAUCCGGGUAUGAAGUUGUAACGGACAGACUUUCAAAGGACAUAUUAAUUGCUCUGACAAAUUACAAACCUGUGCAAGAAUUCAUCAAGGAGAGCGACUACAUUUUGUACCAAAGACUGGUAGAAAUUUUGGUCCCUGAUGUGUUGAGAGCUGUCCCAAGUGGGCUCACGCAAAUGAUUCGCAAUUUCGCAAAAAGCUUGGAGAAUUGGCUUAUCAAUAGCAUGAGUGAAAUGCCAUCAGAAAUCGUCAAUAUAAAGGUUGCUGCUGUUAGUGCCUUCUCACAGACGCUGCGUAGGUACACGUCAUUGAAUCACCUUGCGCAGGCUGCCAGGGCUGUUCUGCAAAACCCAAGUCAAAUCAAUCAAAUGUGGACAGACCUCAACAAGGUUGAUUUUACUAACGUCCAGGAACAAGCAUCUUGGGUGUGCCAAUGUGAUGAAUCCCUUGUACAAAAACUUGAAGAAGACUUCAAGAAGACCCUAGCCGAGCAGCAUUCUUUAGAGCAAUGGGCUGAGUGGCUAGAUGGAGUUGUGGAACAGGUUCUGCAGAAUCACCAGGGUACAGAAAAUUUCCCAAAAGCUGCUCGGCAGUUUCUACUGAAGUGGUCUUUUUACAGCUCAAUGAUAAUCAGAGAUUUGACCCUGCGAAGUGCAGCGAGUUUUGGAUCCUUUCAUCUGAUCCGCUUGCUUUAUGAUGAGUAUAUGUUCUAUCUAGUCGAGCACAAAGUUGCUGAUGCAACCGGAAAGUCCCCGCUAGCUGUCAUGGCGGAGUUCGUUGGUUUUGGUCAUUUUCUUGGCAUCGACUCAAUAGGCGGCAGUGGCAUUGAUAGUGAUAUGCAAGAAGAUAUUUCUAUAUUGAAAAAUGGGCACAGUAGUGAUGUAUCGUUAAAGCGAGAGUCUCCUCUUCAACUAGAUCCGCCGCUGACUAAACGAAAUCGAGACAGCUAAAUUCAACGAGCGCCGCUGCACUCACAGAUUGACGAUGCCAUGGCUUCGGACCAUUGGUCUUGUAAAUAGCAAUAUGGAUUUUACUUGCAUUGGUGUCUUUAAUAUUUCAGACUUUUAGCCCAAGAGAACAAUAGAGAUGGGGUUGUAAGCAAAGAAACGUUUUGGAUUUUAUUUGUUAUUGUUAAGCAUACAUAUUUAUCAGAAAUUUGCGUAAAGAUAUCUUUGCGCUAGUAGCAGCAAUGUAUACGAUGCCGCUCGUUCUCAUUUCGCAUGCGAGUUGUCUCCGGAAGGCUUCUGCUUACCUUGUAUUCUUAACUUCCAAUAUCACCCCCUUUAAUUCCCCUUCCUUCCCAUUUCACCUCCUGUUGAGGCUAUAAUGAAUCCUCAAAAUCCUAAAUUUUAUUUACAAGCCUCGUACGUUUCUUUGUAAAUAUCAGCUGCAGACUCGAGCUCCUUCAAUUCUCAUCCAAGGUAUCUGCAUUGCUUGUAAUAUGUAAAUAACUUAAACAGGGAAUAGUUUCUAUAAAAAUAUUUAACAAUGUUUUUGAAUCAUAUUGUCCCAAAAAUGGCAGGCGAAUUAACUUGUGAUUUUGUCGUUAUUAGCUAGUUACUAUUUUUGCUUGAUAGUGCGGUUAUGUUGAACUCGUGUAGCUUUUUUCUGCCAUUUAUUAAAGUUAAUUUAUGUCCAGCAUUGAGUUGUAAUACACAGAUUGCAGAGGCUUUUCUUUUGCAUGUAGCACCAUGAUUUUGAAGUUAUCUUGUUUUGUCUAAACCGUCCCUUGCAAAGGCCUUUCGCAAAAUAGAAAGUUCUUCAUACAAUUGUGCAAAAUAUCCUGAUUUCUAGGCUUCAAAUGUAUCUUAAUGAAAUUUGUUUCCCUUACAUUUUUCAAGAUCUUCCUGUUACAUUACCCUAUAGCACCUUCCCUCCGCAUCAUUUGAAUUUUCUAAAUAAGUUCAUCAAACAUGCUAUUUCCCCAUGUAUCGUCUGUUCGAAGCUCAUCUUGAAGCACCCCUUCGACGGUGUGCCAGAAUUAGAAGCGCUUGAUUUUUCUAAAUUUUAGAGUGCUUGUAUGUUUUAAGCAUAGUUUUGGUCUCUGCUAGCUUUUAGUUGCAAACUUUGAAAGUAUUAAAGUUUUCAGUUUUGUCGGCA